AAUGCCUACAUAAGGACAGAUUUCUCCCCACUUGCCCCUCUAUCUGAUGACGACAUCAUAAGAAAAUUCCAGAUUCCUAGGAUUCCUUGAAUUGCUGCAGGCUGUGAAACCACACCUUCAGAGGGCCACAAGACGAAACUACGCCUUAAGUCCAGCAGUGCAGUUCUUAGCUGCACUGCAUUAUUGUGCUAUGGGAAGUUUUAUGGAGAUGGUUGGUGAUGGCCUGUGGCUCAGCAAGUCUUAGGUCAGCACCUUUGCUGUUACAGCUUAUGAACACCACGCUGACUUUCCACAAAACUCCUCAAAAAAUCCAAUCACAACAUUGUAGUCAUGGAAAUUUGUUCAACUUCCUGAGGAAGAAUAGGGGGUCAUGCUGAUGCUGAAGAUGAUGAAGAUUCUGCUGCUACUGAUGAUGAUGAUCCACUGAACCCACAUCAAGGCAGAAUGCAUCCUGCAGGAGCAGAAUUAAACAACACUUGCGACCAACAUUCUGAACAUUGUGAGUCCUCAGCGUUUGCAUGUGUGAAGGAGAAAAACUGAGAAGGAAAAUCAUAGAUAAAGACAGGCACAAAAAGGGGCACCCUUCAGAUCAAAACGGCCAUGGAUUUGAAGAAACUUCUGAGUUUUGGGAAGCAGUUGCUGAGGGUGAAGGUUGUAGACUGCAACUCUGAGGAAUCACGACUCUCCCGAUGCUUGAGCACCUUUGACCUGGUGGCUCUUGGGGUGGGCAGCACCCUCGGAGCAGGCGUGUAUGUCCUCGCAGGAGCAGUGGCCCGGGAAAACGCCGGACCGGCCAUCGUGCUAUCAUUCCUCAUUGCAGCCCUGGCUUCGGUGCUUGCGGGCCUCUGUUAUGCAGAGUUCGGUGCAAGAGUGCCCAAAACAGGUUCAGCAUACCUGUACAGCUAUGUGACUGUAGGGGAACUAUGGGCCUUUAUAACUGGCUGGAAUCUGAUACUUUCAUAUGUUAUAGGUACCUCAAGCGUCGCCCGAGCUUGGAGUGCCACAUUUGACGAACUGAUCGGAAAACAUAUUGAGCAUUUCUGUCGUCAGUACAUGACCAUGAAUGCUCCGGGCCUUCUGGCGGAGUACCCAGAUAUGUUUGCCGUAGUUAUCAUCCUUACUCUCACAGGCCUGCUGACCUUUGGGGUAAAGGAGUCAGCUGUGGUCAACAAAGUAUUCACCUGCAUUAACAUCCUGGUGCUGCUGUUUAUGGUCGUAUCUGGGCUGGUUAAAGGUACGCUCAAGAACUGGCACCUGGACCCUGCUGAGGUUCUGAAUGGAACCAAUUCCACUCUUAAUGUCACAGAGCCCCUGCCAUCUGAAGAGAGUCUGGGUAAGGGUGGAUUCAUGCCCUUUGGCUUCACGGGAGUCUUGUCAGGGGCGGCUACCUGCUUUUACGCCUUUGUGGGGUUCGACUGCAUCGCCACCACUGGUGAGGAGGUGAAGAAUCCACAGAGGGCCAUACCCAUAGGAAUCGUCUCAUCCCUUCUUAUUUGCUUUGUGGCGUACUUUGGCGUGUCUGCUGCCCUCACCAUGAUGAUGCCAUAUUACAUGCUGGAUAAGAACAGUCCUCUGCCAGCCGCCUUUAAGUAUGUCGGCUGGGAGGGGGCCACUUAUGCCGUGGCGGUGGGCUCGCUCUGCGCCCUCUCCACCAGUCUGCUUGGUGCCAUGUUCCCCAUGCCCCGUCUCCUCUGGGCCAUGGCUACCGAUGGCCUGCUCUUCAAAUACAUGGCUAAAAUCAACGAGAGAAGAAAAACACCCAUACAAGCCACUAUAACAUCAGGCUUUGUCGCAGCCAUCAUGGCUUUCCUGUUUGAUCUAAAGGACCUGGUUGAUCUGAUGUCUAUAGGAACACUGCUGGCCUACACACUGGUCGCUGCCUGUGUUCUAGUACUCAGGUACCAGCCCGAGCAUUUCACUCAGGCAUAUCAUAUAGCGAACACACAUGAAGAACUGGAGAUGAGUGAAUCCAUAAGCACACCCAGCUUGGGGAUUCUUCCAGGCAUAGAAGAGCGUUUCAGCUUCAGAACGCUGCUCUUCCCUGACAUCACAGAACCCUCCAACCUGUCUGGCUUCACCGUUAACGUCUGCACAAGUCUGCUUGGGCUGCUGAUUCUCACCUUCAGCCUGUUUGCUGUGCAGGGUGGAACUGCGGUGUGGAAUAUCGUCACUCUCUGUGUCCUGUUCAGUGUGUGUCUCGUACUCACAUUUAUCAUCUGGAGGCAACCAGAGAGUAAAACCAAACUCUCUUUUAAGGUCCCUUGCCUUCCAUUCAUUCCAGUGGUAAGCAUGUUUGUAAACGUGUACCUGAUGAUGCAAUUGGACAGGGGUACCUGGAUACGAUUUGCCAUCUGGAUGUCUAUAGGACUCAUAAUCUACUUUGGCUAUGGAAUCUGGCACAGUCAUGAAGCUGCUCUGGUCCAUUCCAGUAUGGACGAGGAACUCAAUGUGUACAAACCAACCUGCGCCAUAAACAGGGACUCUAUAACUCCAGAGAAGGAGGCCUUCCUUAGUAAUGGGCAUGGAUCGAGGGUUGACGAGGACGGAGAUCUCUAAGCGCAUAGAACAGUGUUACGAUAUUUACUUGGACUUUACAUUAAAGCACAAUACCGGAAGGUUCUGAGGAGCACAGACCAUUGGAAUCUAAUCAGAUAGAGCUCUAUGUCUGAUUUAACUCUUCCUUUUGUCACUUCCUUGUUAGGGAGUAUAAGGAGCUCUGAAAAGGGCACUAUAUGGUUUGAAGCAAUUUUCAGUAUUCUCACAGUUAGGGUUUUGGGUCUACUUCACAUGUCUUGUAGAAACCAAAGCAGGCACAUCUUUAAUUAGAUGAUUUAUAAGCAAAAACAAUGACAACAACAAAAAAAACAAAAAACAGAUAAUGAGCUCAAUCAAUCAUAUUGUGAGCUGCAGUAUUUUAAGUUGAUGGCUGCUUUUGUUAUCUAACUGAAUUUGUGCUUUUGUCUUAAAAUUGCAUAUGAAGCAAAAUCAGAGUUGCUAUGUGAUUGUUGGAUGUCUAUGUUUAGGGUUUUAUGUAUAUGGACACACCCUCACAACUAAGGAAGAGAAAAAAAAGAGUUUUCGAAUCAUGCUUGGCUUUUCCGCUUCAUUUAUAGUAGUGUGUUGUGUGUGAGGUCCCAUUUACUGUAAAUCAGGAACCCUCUCCCACUGGUUUGAACUGCCCUGAUCCAGAAUUUGUAUGUUUUAUACCGGUUAACCUUGACUUGAUCUUUGAUUGGUACUGCCAUCUGGUGGUGUGGUGGAAAAAUUGUGUUACUGAAGUUUCAUGCAUAUCUCUCACAGUACUGGUUACUGUGACUUCUAAUCUACGCAGAUUAAUUUUGCCUCUUUGGUUGCCUUAUGUUGCAUAAGAAGACUUUGUGUUUUAUUUUGUUUUUUUUUUUUGCAGAGAAAACUGGUAUGUUGGGCUAUGUUUUUGGUCAUUUAAGUUGUCUGGACAUAUAUCACAUUGUGACAAAGGGUUUUUCUGCCUGAAUAUUUUACAAAUUAGCCAUGCUUAAAAAUGAUCUGAAUUUAAACAUUUUAAUUCUGCAGUACACUUAUGUACACAAUCACUACAGCAGUGCCACAUUGGGUCUCAAAUUGAAGAAAUUAUAAAGGUAUACAGGUUCUAUUUUAUAGUUAAAAUUUGCUCGUUUUUUUCUUCUGCCAAAAGCCUUCCAGUGGUUAUAUAGGGUGAAUUCAGACAAAUUUAGCCUGAUGUCUCUCAUCAUUAAUUUAUAGCUGAAUUUACCCUAUUGCUGCUUUAAAUCAAAUUUGCAGGAAAAAAAGUUACAAAUUUCAGUGAGUAUUGACAGAAUUCAACCCCUCCCUUAUGACUUUUGAGUAGAAAUAAGCAUAAUUACGGCAAAUAGUUGUACAAAAUAAUGAAUUGUCUACAAAACAGAGGUGUUGCCAAACAGACGUGACACAUUAAGUUCGAUGUCCAAUCGAUUUUCUCAGGAGCAUAAUGACCAAUCAGGUAUACAGUUUUGUGCCUACAUGCUGCUGUUUGCAAGAUAAUCACAAAAACCUGCCAUCAACCAAUCUGUUCUAAGGAGUUAGGAGUAUUUAAAAAAGAACUUGUUAGUUUUACAGGUAUUAAAAUGUUGAAGUUAAAAAAAAUUGUCAUAUUUUCUUCCCAAAUGUAUGCUGAAAAUCAUAAAGAUGUGUAAAAGAAGAUCCUUCACAAUUCUGUGCAUCAUGUAUUUUGUAUUCCCUGCAGUAAAUGAUUUGUAAAUAACAAAUGUUACUCUUGACAGUGCUGAAAGUAAUGUAUGUGCAGAGGCAUGGUUCAUGUUUUAAUUACAUAGAGUUUAAGAGAUUAAAACGUUUUCUUAUCAUAUGUGUAUUAACACAUUUUACAUGGUUAUUUUCAAGUCUUGAAACUUUGCGAUUUCAAUUUAGAAUAAAAUGACAUAAAGCAUCUAUAUAGGAUGUGAUGCACUGCAGCUUCAAUGGGAUUACAUAAAAAGGAAUCUAAAUAAGUAUUAAUAAAUACUUAUUUUUAAGAAAAGUAAUAACAGUAAAAAGUAAUAAAAUCAAGAUCCUAUCUGAGAUUAAUUUACCCAACAUUGCUUAGUUUAUUGUUACAAGUAAACACACAUAAUAAUAAUAUAUAAUGAUAAAAAUGCAAAGCUGUCAUAAUAUAUGAGGAGUUCCAAUGGAGAUCAGUUAGCCAAGACUGUCCACAUUAUUUGAAACUAUAUCUGCAAACUUGUUAAAGGAAUAUUCUGGGUUCAGUAUGAGUUAAGCUCAGUUGACAGCAUUUGUGGCAUAAUGUUGACUUGUCCAGCAAAAUUCUGGGUUACAGUGAAGCACUUAAAAUGGAAGUGGAUUGGGCCAAUUCCGUAAAAGUUAAAAUACUCACUGUUUCAAAAGUAUAGCCACAAGACAUAAACAAAAUGCAUGAUAAGAAUUUUAGUGUGAUAAAAUUGCUUGUAUCCAAUUAAUACCGUAAACAACCGUAAAACUGCAAUUUAAAAAACUUUAAAGCAUAAAUAAUAUACAAAUUUUAACAGAAGAAUUAUGCUUUUAUGAAAUUAUAAGAGUCAUAUUUCUGCCUUUAAACCCCCCAAAAAUUGGCCCCAUUCACUUCCAUUGUAAGUGCCUCACUGUAACCUUGAUUUUUGCUUUUUUUAAGAAGAGGAGGGAUGAGUCAAAAUUUAUUUUUAUGCCACAAAUGCUGUCAACUGAGCUUAUUUUGUUUUGAACCUGGAAUGUUCCUUUAAGCUGAUUCACUCUAAAGGUCUUUUUGUCAUUUUGUCUGUCUAUUUUUGGACCAUUUCUAAUGUAGUGCAUUUGGUGUACAUAACAUUUCCCCUCUGGACUGGUUUAUUUUUGUCUGCACUGUAAAUGACCGUCUACCUACUGUUUCAACUUGAUGCUGUAAAUAAAAUGCAUUUUGGAAUUUG